AUGGCUGCGGUCCAAGAACUGGCCGAGCGCCUCAAGACCGGCGACAAGGUUUACGUCGACACCGACGCCGGCUCCGACGAGCCCGCGACCGCGGGAACCGAGUCCUCCCCCUUCAAGUCCCUCGCCGCGGCCUACAUCGCCAACCACGACACCCCGGGCCGCGAGUUCCUGACCCGCGCGUCCAAGACCGGCGACGACGAGGCGGCUCGUCUGGAGUGGAAGGCGCCCGCCAAGAGCGCCGUGAAGAAGGCCCAGUCGGCUCUCGACGCACACAAGAAGAAGCUCGCCAAGCAGGCGGAGAGCGCGAAGAAGGACGAGGAGCUCAAGAAGCAGCGCCAAGACACUCUGGAGGCUGCUAAGAAGAUCACCAUCAAGGAGGAUGAGUCACUCCCGGCCGCCAAGAAGAUUGUCAUCUCCAACAAGGACGUCGAGCUCAGCGAGGGCGACAAGAAGGGCACCCGCGUCAAGAUCGGUGGCCGCAUCCACAGACUGCGUGUGCAGAAGCAGGCCACCUUCAUCACGCUCAACGACGGAAAGGCCCACUUGCAGUGUGUGCUGCAGGCCGGCAACCUGACAAAGACAUACGAUGCCCUCACCUUCGCCCAGGGUACGGCUCUGUGGGUGUACGGAGAGAUGAGAAAGGUGCCCGAGGGCCAUGACGCUCCCGACAACCGCGAGCUGCACGUCGAUUACUACGAGGUCAUCGGCUCCUCGCCCUCGGACGAGGACGCCAUCACCAACAAGGUCUCGCUGCUUCAGAACCAGUGGGAUUCCCAGAUGCUGGACAACCGCCACUUGGUGCUUCGUGGUGAUAACGCUUCCGCCAUCAUGAAGAUCCGCGCCGCUGUCGAGUCGGCUUUCACCCACACAUACGAGGAGCUUGAUGUGACAAAAGUCUCACCUCCCGCACUGGUGCAGACCCAGGUCGAGGGUGGCGCCACGCUCUUCUCCGUCCCCUACUACGACGAGAAGGCCUACCUCACGCAGUCCUCUCAAUUAUACUUGGAGACGUGUCUGGCCGGUAUGGGCAGCGUCUACUGCAUCGAGAAGUCGUUCCGUGCCGAGCGCAGCUUGACCCGCAGACAUUUGUCCGAGUACUCCCACGUGGAGGCCGAGCUGGACUUCAUCGAGUUCCCCGACCUGCUCGAGCAUCUCGAGGAGGUCAUGUGCCGCGUCAUCGACAGGGUCUUCGCCAACGAGAAGAUCGCCGCCUACAUCAAGGAGCUCAACCCCGACUUCAAGAAGCCCGUCCGCCCCUUCAUGCGCAUGAAGUACACCGACGCCAUCGACUGGCUCAACGCCCAAGAUCCCCCCAUCCUCAACGAAGACGGCGAGCUCCACAAGUUCGGCGACGACAUCGCCGAGGCUGCUGAGCGCCGCAUGACCGACAUUAUCAACAAGCCCAUCUUCCUCACCCAUUUCCCCACCGAGAUCAAGGCCUUCUACAUGAAGAAGGACCCCCAGGACCCCCGCGUCACCGAGAGUGUCGACUGCCUGAUGCCCGGUGUCGGUGAGAUCGUUGGUGGAUCGAUGAGAAUGGAGGGCUACGAAGAGCUCCUUGCCGCCUACGAGAGGGAGGGCAUUCCGGCCAAGGACUACUACUGGUACACUGACCAGAGAAAGUACGGUACUUCUCCCCACGGCGGUUACGGACUCGGUCUCGAGCGAUUCCUGGCUUGGUUGGCCAACCAGCACACUGUGCGCACAACAUGCUUGUACCCCCGCUACAUGGGCCGCUGCAAGCCUUAG